GGCCACGUCGCUGCCUAUGUUUGUUGGUUCCAAGUGUCGUGAGCAUCGGGAGCGAUCGCUGCGAUGAGCUGUUUCUAGCCCGUUGAUGCAGUUCCUUGACCCCGGAAUUGUUUGACUGCAUAGCAGCCGUAUUCGUCCGUUGUCCAGUGCUCAGCGGUGCGUGGCGUUGACCAUCAUCGGGGCUCGGAGGCCGUGGCUAAAAUCUCGUCGUCGUCAUGCUUGCUGCCGCGGUUUACGGCGGUACGCUCAUCGCUAGUGUGGCGAGGAGGUUGACACCAUGCGACGCUCUUUCCUCGCUGCUCGGCUGCUGCUGUUGGCGUCUGGUGCGAGGAUAGAAAUGUUGAUGGCAGGUUGUUUGGCUCCUGGAGACAGCGUCAAGUGCCGAAUGCUGUGGAAUUAGCAUCUGUGUCGGAACUGUGGCUGCACAAGCCAUUCCCCUCGAGCCACAAUGUUCAAACUGGGAAGCAAGAAGGACGUCAAUACCGAGUACAAGUGCACCAUACGCCUGCUGGACGACAGCGAAGUGUUGCAGUGUGAUUUUCAGCAUCUCUGCAAAGGCCAAUACAUACUUGACUAUGUGUGCAAUGCCUUGAACCUUUUGGAGAAGGACUACUUUGGCCUCAGAUAUGUCGAUAGUCACAAGCAGCGGCACUGGCUGGACCUCACAAAGCCGGUGAUCAAGCAGGUGAAAGGUAUGAAUCCCAUCGUGUUCUGCUUCCGUGUCAAGUUCUAUCCUCAGGACCCCUUUCGGCUCAAGGAAGAAAUAACGAGGUACCAGAUUUUUCUUCAGCUGAGAAGAGACCUGCUUCAUGGACGCCUCUAUUGCCCUCCAAAUGACUCUGCUUUUCUUGCCGCUUUGAUCAUUCAGUCUGAACUUGGAGAUUAUGACAGUGAGGAACAUGGGGACAACUAUGUCUCGGAGUUCAAACUUCUCUUGAAACAGACUCCUCGUCUGGAGGAGAAGAUUGCCGAGAUUCACCAGCAGCAGCUCAGGGGCCAAGUACCAGCUGUGGCAGAAGCCAACUUUUUACGCAAGGCUUGUCUCCUCGACACAUAUGGUGUGGACCCUCAUCCUGUCAAGGACCACAAAGGAAAUCAGCUGUACUUGGGCAUCAAUUAUGCGGGCAUCCUUACAUUUCAAGGCAGUCGCAAAACCCAUCACUUCAAGUGCUUGCAGGGGUGGUCCAACUGUGCCAUUUAUGCCAUUUUGCUACAAUUCGACUUGCCUGCUCCUGGCUGCGCCCACUCAAGUGCCAUCUGUGCAACUAUGCAAAAGCCUGACAUUCAGAGAAUCAACUACGAAGGAAAGAUGUUCAUCAUUCACCUAAUGUUCCCCGAGGAUGUCAAAGCAAAGAAGAAGCAUUUGAUGGGCUUCAAGUGUCCAACCCAGUCUGCCUGCCAUCACCUGUGGAAGUGUGCCGUCGAACAGUGCUAUUUUUACACCAUACCUUCUUCCAGUGAGGUGCCAUCUGUGACCACUGGUGGUGGAUUUUUCUCACGAGGUUCCCGUCUUCGGUACAGUGGCCGCGUGGAGCGGGAAGUAAUGGACGACAUGAAGAAUAUUAGGAGAGAUCCACCCCAGUUCCAGAGAACACUGACACGGCCACCCUCCUUCCGACAGAAGACUGCUGCAUCAACGACAAUGGAAAUGCCAAAUUCACCAUCCCGACUGCUCAAUGAUGGUUCACCAUUGCGGAGCUCUGUCGGACCAGUGACGAGCCAGCAACACAGCCAGCAGCAGAGCCAGCAGCCCCCGAUAUCUCAAGAUUCAGGCGAUGGCUUUGCCAUUGACGAGCAGCCAAAGAGGCUUGACACACCCCUCGAGCUUCUUGACUCCGGCGAGUCGGGUGAAGAGAAUGGCUCUUCAGUGCUGCGUCCUCCAAAUCACGACCUCCAUGUUGACUUGACGCCCUCACGAAACACGCCAGUGGCUGACGAUGAUGACGUCAACGCCCCUGACACGCCAAUCUCAGAGCUAGCAUUUGACCCACGCCCGACGCCCGAGUAUGAGCCCGAACACGAAAGCAAAGAGCCAGCAUUUGUGACUCCCCAGCAGUCGCCGCGAAUUGUAUUUGUGGCAUGGCUUGUUCUGCCUCUGCUGCUCAUUCUUUUGCUGCUUGUGGUUCUGAUGGAAUGGGAUUGGGCUCCACUUGCCGACAUGCAGAGGCUGCCAGAGGUAGUCUUGCUUCGAAAACAAUAUUAUGAACCUACAAGGGACGCAAUAGGCACUUGGAUCAGUGCUUUCUUUGGCCCACGCUGACUCCGAGCAAGUGGCCUGGUGACCGGUGAUACAUCAUGAAAAGCACAAAAAGUCCCUCGUACGAGAAACAGUUGUGCCACUGUCCAGUAAGAAAAGCCUCACAGCAAAGCCCGACUGAGGCAGCGUUACGCACGUUCACAUUCCAUCAGGGCUCUUUCGGUUUGCUCUUUGUUUAUGCAGAGGCGCAUUUGUUGGGAGAGAGAUGAAAAUCGCAGUUUUGGUUAUGGGAAAGAUUUGCCAGAGGUAUAAAAAGCCUUGUUGCAUUUAGUUUUCUCUAUUGCUGCACAUUAUGCACACGAAAUCUCUUCACUACUAUAUAGAUGUGUUCAGCUUUUAGGAAUUUGUUGUCACGAUCAGAAAAAAGGGCCAAGAAGGCGCCUUAGUUUUUAUCUUUUUUAUAUUUUAUCUGCAUCGUGCAUUCCCACUCGGUGAGACCUAAGGUUGUGGUAGGCAGCUUGCAUUACCUUUUAGUAGACGUUCAUUCCAAAGGCGUAGACAGAGUGCAAUCCUUUGCCAGGGAAGCACAGUGUGUUCUUAGCUGUGUUCAAUUUUUGUCACAAGAGUGCAUGUGUCCACAGUCCAUCAUUGCUCAGAUUGCUACAGUGUAUGCAAGCUCUUUUUUUUCUUUUGCACCGUGAAAAAAUGCACUAAGGUACCCAUAGCAGGGAAAGUACGCAAUUGGCUGUGUAUUCUUGUAAAAUCUAUGCAAUGCAAACAUUGGGCUCAAUGCUUCUUUUCGAGAGCCAAUGCUAAAUAAAGGCCAGGGUCAUGAGUUCUGCACUCUACAAUGCAUGCCAUUGGUGGAUACUUUUUUUUUUUUUCAACGCUCUGUCUUUCUGCAGGCUGGCUUGCAGGCCCUUUCCAAUAUUGUAAUAUAGCUAACAGUUCACUCAUGUAUAUUUUUUUUUUCUCCAGAGAGGUGUACUGUAACCAACCAAAUAUUGAGCAGGGGACAUAUUGCAAGCUGAAGCAAAGGAAACAUUUAUUGCCAGAAAAUGUAUAUCGAUGCUUUUUUAAUUCUGAGGCAUUAAUAAAACGCCUAGUGAGA